CAUUUCCCAAGUCAAUAUGUCUGAUUUAUGCCCAGUUUACGCUCCCUUCUUUGGAGCCAUCGGUUGUGCCGCCUCCAUCGUGUUCACCUGUUUCGGUGCCUCCUACGGUACGGCUAAGUCUGGUGUCGGUAUCUGUGCCACUUGUGUCACUAGACCAGACUUGUUGGUCAAGAACGUUGUUCCUGUCGUUAUGGCCGGUAUCAUUGCCAUUUACGGAUUGGUCGUAUCUGUGUUGGUGUCAGAUGGGUUGAAGCAAGAAUUGCCUUUGUACUCUGGUUUCAUCCAAUUGGGUGCUGGUUUAUCUGUUGGUUUGUCCGGUUUGGCUGCUGGUUUCGCCAUUGGUAUCGUUGGUGACGCUGGUGUCAGAGGUAACGCCCAACAACCAAGAUUGUUCGUCGGUAUGAUUUUGAUUUUGAUUUUCGCCGAAGUCUUGGGUUUGUACGGUUUGAUUGUCGCCUUGUUGUUGAACUCUAAGGCCGCUCAAGAUGUGAAGUGUUAAAGAAUGACGAUAGGCAACAUCACAAUGAAUAUAUUUGUUGUUGAACUGUCUAUACGGAUUCCCUCUCAUUCACAUCAUAUUUAAUCGAACCAAUGAAAAACGAAAUUUCAAUAUUCAUCUAUUAUUGUUUUAUCAUAGUUAGACUCAUUUUUUUUAAUUCACUGAAAUCAGACAUCUAAAAUGCAUCCAUACGGAUGGUUUCUUCAUUUAUUUUUAUAGAGACCUGGGAGUCGCUCCUUGGUUUUGAUUUGUCAAUUCUCUGUUAGUUGAAUUUCAAUAUCAUAU